UUUUGCAUGUCUGCAGGGGAGAGAUCUGCAGUGUCCUUUGAGGACGUAGCCGUGUUCUUCACAGAGGAAGAAUGGGCUCUCCUGGAUCCAGGUCAAAGAAAACUCUUUUGGGAAGUUACGGAGGAAAAUUAUGAGACAGUGGCCUCUCUGGUUGCAGAUGUGAGGGAGAUGGUGAGUGAAAAGGAAUCAGGAAAUAGAGUUUUGGGAAAAGAUGAAGAUCUGAAGGUGGAAGCGAAAUCUGGGGAUCAAGCAUUACCAAAGCAGGACUGCGAUGAGGCGCAAGAUUUCCCCACAGACCAUUCCGAGGAACUGGACCAUCUCCAAGAUUAUGAGAGCGCUUCCAGGUGUUGUGUGGAGGAUGCCACCAUUUUUAAUCUUCAACAGAGACCAGAGAUGUUCUUUGAAGGCCAAUCAUUAGAGGGGGUGGUAAAUUCUGCUCCUUGCUGGGGAGGCUUGGAGGACCUCAGUGAAUCCGCCGGCCAACAGAGAAUCCCCACAACAGAGAUUCGAGAAAAGCGGACCAAGAACAGCAAAGACCUUAGCUGGAGGUCGGACUUUGUGAUCAGCCGGAGAAUACCAAAGAAACAGGACAAGCCCUACAAAUGUUCCGAGUGCGGGAAAAGCUUCAGCGUGAGCUCGGACAUUAUCCGGCAUCAGAGAAUCCAUACCGGAGAGAAGCCCUACAAAUGCGUGACGUGCGGGAAAGGGUUCAAUCAAAAUUCCCACCUUGUCGCGCAUCAGAGGACCCACACAGGGGAGAAGCCAUAUAAAUGCUGGGAGUGCGGGAAAAGCUUCAGCCUGAGUUCAGAUUUUACCCGGCAUCAGAGAAUCCACACAGGGGCGAAACCAUAUAAGUGCUCAGAAUGCGGGAAAGGUUUCAUACAGAAAUCGCACUACAUUACACAUACAAGGAACCAUACUGGGGAAAAUCCAUAUAAGUGUCCUGAAUGUGGUAGAGGGUUCACUUCCAGCACCCUGCUCAUCAGGCACCAGAGAAUCCACACAGGGGAGAAGCCGUUCAAAUGCUCCUAUUGCGACAAAAGGUUCUGCGCCAGCUCAAACCUUGUCACGCACAUGAGAACGCACACUGGCGAAAAGCCAUUCAAGUGCUUGGAGUGCGGGAAGAGCUUCAGUCAGAAAUCCACCCUGAUUGCGCACGAGAGAACGCACACGGGCGAGAAACCCUACAAAUGUUGGUGCGGCAAAAUGUUCAGCAAGAGCUCGGAUCUCCUCGCUCACGAGAGAACUCACACAGGUGAGAAACCCUAUGUCUGCCUGAGCUGCGGCAAAAACUUCCGGAUGAGUUCUCACCUGAUAAGACACCAGCGGAUUCACACAGGGGAGAAACCGUAUAAGUGUUCAGAGUGCGGACGGAACUUCAGUGCCAGUUCGCACCUUAUCAGACAUCAGAAGAUCCACUUAGGGGAAAACUGAAGAACUGCAACGUGGUUGCAA